AUGUUACAAACUCAAUCUUGCAUUAAUAUCUAAUCUUAUCUCUUGUGUUAAAAGUCAAACCAUUUACAACACAAAUGAGGUCACAUUAAUACCUAUGUAUCUUAUCGUCGUCGCCAGUACUAAUCUUUCAUGUUUCAGUGAACAAUUAAACAAAUUCCCAAGACAUUAAUUGUUCCGAAAGCCAUCAAUUUGUCAAUCUCGUAUACGUUUAUUUAAAUAAUUAAAUUAGAGUUAACUUAUAUUUGAGGUGAGUCGGUACUCAACCAUGGGGCGGCGCGGAACAAAGCUGAGGGACCUCGUCGGAGCAAUCAAGGACAAAGCGUCUCAAAGCAAAGCCGCGAUUUUCUCUCGACCCAACACGCUUUCCCUACUACGCGCCACCACCCACAACCUCCACACACCGCCGAACCCAAAACACUUAGCGGCAGUACUAGCCUUUGGUCACUCCUCACGCGCAACUGUGUCCGCCGCCGUGGAGAUCCUGAUGGAUCGGCUCCAGAAUACGGGGGACGCCUCCGUGGCCCUCAAGUGCCUGGUAGCCGUCCACCACAUUGUGAAGUUCGGUACUUUCAUCCUCCAAGAUCAGCUCUCCGUUUUCCCCUUCCAUGGUGGUCGGAACUAUCUCAACCUCUCAAGAUUCAGAGACAACUCUAGUCACGUGACUUGGCAGCUUUCCACGUGGGUUCGCUGGUACGCCGAGUACGUCGAGAACCUUCUUUCCACUUCCCGGGUCCUCGGAUUCUUUCUCGGCUCGUCGUCGUCCGCCACGGAGGAGGAGCGAGUUUCUGCGAGUUGGAACGGUGAUUUGAUUAAGGAGACUGAGUCGCUGGCGAGUUUGUUCGAACGGAUUUGUGCACAGCCCGAGUUGGAUCUGAGUUUGAACGGUAACAGAUUGGUGGACGAUAUUCGGGGAUUGGUGGGUCAGGAUUAUUUGUCGGUUGUAAACGAGGUAUCGAUCAGAGUCACUGAGUUCGGGGAUAGACUGAGUUGUUUGAGUUUCGUGGACUCGGUCGAGUUGAUAUGCGCUUUGAGGAGAUUGGAAAAUUGCAGAGAAAGGCUUCAGUUAUCGUCUAAUUUGGUGAAGAAGGACUUGAGUGAAAGCCUUUGGGAUCUGAUUAGUGAAAUUAAGGAGAAGUUUGGGAGGGAAAAAGAGAACCGGGAAGAUAAUUUGGUGGUGGCGUUAAGGAAAGAUAAGGGUACUGAGUCGGCUCGGUUCGGUGACCGAGUCUUCAAGUUCAAUGACUCGGUCCGAUUCUCAUCCGGAAGAUUUGCCACCAAUUACAGGCAUUCUUUGCCUUUUGUGGGCUCCACGGAAUAGUGUGGUCGGUUGGUCAAUUAAUUUUAGAAAUUAUGUUGUAAAAAUUAGAGUUGAGACAUUUUUUUUAAUAUUUUCUGUUGAAUAAUAUGUUCCUCUGUCGUUACCACUUAAAUUUGGGGAGUAUUCUAUCAUGGGAGCUUAAAAAAGAGCUACACCGAUUGAGCUCUUUUGUAUUUUGUAUUUUCGAUUAGUAAAUAAUACCUUAUUUUUAUUAUUA